CACACACACACCCCACUCAUCUCUCAUCCCACAUGAUUCUUUCACUUCUCCCCCAAUCCCCCUUCUUCUGUUUUUUCUUACUUACUAAGCAAAUAAUUAACAUGCUAAUUAAAUAAUUAAUUACAAGAAGAAUAAAACCUUUUCUGCCAGCUCUAACCAGAUAGCAUUACACAAUUUUAUGACACACCACCCUUUCUUUUUGUUCCCUUCUGUCUUUAUCCUUCCAUUUUCAUUUUGCAUUCGUUUGUUUCAUUUUUCGUGUUCUCAGAAGAGGCUUGUUGUUCUUGUUAACUGCUCCUACAUCUUCAUUUGCCUUGUUUUGUGUCUCAUUGUUCUGUGCAACACAAGAAGAUUUCUCUUUCAAGCACUGAUUCCAGUUUAUUAUUAUUGUCUUUUUUUUUUUUUUUGCCUUGCAGUUUUUCUUGAGUGGGAAAAAAAAAAAGCUGUGACCAAAAAAGGGAAAAAAAAAAGAUGAAGUGUUAGUCGGUUAGUCUUAACUGGAAAUCUUGGGAUUGGAGUUUCAGUAGAAUGAUAAAGUUUUGAACUUUCAUGUUUUUAAGAAGCCAAAUCUGAAGGAUUUGAUGAAACUGGCUGAAGGGUAUUUAGUUCCUGUUUCAUUUCAUCAUGAAAUGUUGAAUUGUAGCCAGCAGCACUAGGUAAGGAAGAAGAAGAAGAAGAAGAGUGGUGCAUUUACUUAUCUUGAUGAUGAUACUUUUCUAGAAGGGGUUUUAAUUCUGAAGUGUUGUGGUGUGAGUAGAUUUGAGAGUGUUGAAAUGAUAAGUUAUUUAGUGAUUGGUUAAUUGUGGGGUUGUAAUUACCAAUUAUAGGGUUGCAAUAGAUUGAUAUGGCUGCAAAGCUUCUGCAUUCUUUGGCAGAUGAUAACCCAGAUCUGCAGAAGCAGAUUGGAUGUAUGACUGGGAUUUUCCAGCUCUUCGAUCGCCACCAUGUUCUUGCGCCUCGCCAUAAGAGGAUUUCUGCUGGCAAUCCUCACUUCGGUGAUGGCAGCUUGGAAACAGAUUCGAAUAACAUACUCCAUCAACAAACAACAAUGGAUAUGAACUUCAACAAGGGUUUGAAUGAAAAACAGAGAACCUCGACUGAAUCGUCAAGACCAUCCUUCUCUUCUUGUUCAUCAUCACUAUCCUCCUUGGAUUGUAAGGCCGAAGCUGAAGCAACCUUCGACGGGAUUGUUUUUCCUGAAACUCUUUCAACUAUCUCUCCCCAUUUAGCACGUCACACACUUGACCUUAGGGAUGUAGUGAAGGAUUCAAUGUAUAGGGAGCCCCGAGGGCUGUCGGUUAAGACUACUGCCAAAGAGGAAGCUGUCUUUCAUGCUAUGAAGCACAAGGAUUCUCCGCGACCUUUUCGUCCGUCGAAAGCUGUUGAUGGAUGUUAUGGAGUUGGAAUAGAUGGGAAACAAAGUGUGCCUAUUGAUCUAAAUGAUUCCAUGCGAGUGCUUGCUAAACUUAGAGAGGCACCUUGGUAUUAUGGAGAAAUGAGACCGCCGCAUGAAGUGAAAGAUGGAAAAUGGCAUUCAAUCUCAAAGGAUUCCCCUCGGUUUGCUUAUGACAGAAGGGAAACUAGCCGUUUUUCUUUUGAAUCCCACGACACUAUCAAAUCGACACCAAAGAUAAGAGAAUUUCCAAGACAUUCACUAGAUAGUAGGGAAGGCACGUGGCGCGGUCACAAUGCCGAAUCAAAACCAAGUCACCACUCAAGCAAAGCUUACAGCAGCACCUCCACCUCAAAUAACAAAGUUUCUAGCCCGCAACAGUCUUCGACUAUCCAGAGCCGGCCUCCGAGUGUUGUAGCAAAGUUAAUGGGCUUGGAAGCAUUGCCGGAUUUUGCUUUGGCCAGUUAUACUCAAUCAAGUCCAGGUGAGACUUACACAGCUCAAGAUAAUGGUCAGUUUCCAAUAUCAUCAAGAGAUGGAUUCACCCGGCCACUCCGAGUUUCUAGUUCCACGAAAAUCUCAUUGAAAGACCCAACAUCCCCUCGGCGGAAGAAUGCUGAUCUGGUUAUGAAACCCAUCUCAAGUGCUAGAGUUCCCAUUGAGCCUGCACCAUGGAAGCAGCAGGAUGGAAAUAGAAGCUCUCAGAAAACAAGUUCAACAGCAACAAAAGCUCCAGCAAGAACACCGGAUUCAUUUACCUCGGUUUAUAGUGACAUUGAGAAGAGAUUGAAGGAUCUUGAGUUCAAACAAUCUGGAAGGGAUCUCAGAGCAUUAAAACAGAUACUAGAAGCAAUGCAAGAAAAGGGACUAUUAGACAACAAAAAAGAAGAGCAAGCUCCAAAUGUUGCUCGAAAUCAAAGAGACUAUGAACCAAAAGUUAUCAAUUUAAUCGAGAAUUCUACAUCGGCAAGGCAUCAAAAUCCCCAAGGAAACAAUGCUCUGUCGUCUACAAUCAAGGGAUAUGACUCGGCAAGAGCGUUUGAAUCCCCGAUAGUGAUCAUGAAACCUGCGAAACUUGUUGAGAAAACCAGGAUUUCUGCUUCUUCAGUCACACCAAUUGGUUCCCAGAAACUCCAGAGCAGUGGUGCAUAUGUAAAUAAAAAUGCUCUGUCUUCAACCGGGGAAGUGAAAGAUCAGCCUUCUAACACUAGUCACUGCGACCGUGAUGCUUCUACGAGUGCCAUCGAUAAGAAAGCAAGAAAUGGGAAGGCUACGAAACAAGCACAAACACAAACAAGGUCUCAACAAUUUCCAAGAGAGAAUAGCCCAAGUUCGGUAAAGCACUCCAGAUCUGUAAGCCCAAGAAUGCAACAGAAGAGGUUGGAGUUAGAUAAGAGAGCUCGUCCGCCUGCGCCACCAGUGGACUCAAACAAACCAAGAAGGCUAACUGGUAAGAAGACAGCAGAAUUAGGUCCCCCGGCCGGAAAAAUAAGGCCAAAAGGCCGCAACUCACGGCCUGGUGACGAGCAAAUGAGCGAGGCAAGCACUGAAUCAAGAAGCUUAAGUUGCCAAGGGGACGAUGUUUCUCUGAAGUCCGAUGGUAUCACCGUCGAUUCAAAGACGGAUAUUGAGUUCACCAGCAGUUUAAGAUCUGCUGAAAUCGAAGAUGGCCAGAGCCCAUCCUUGAAGGCUAUGAAGCAAUUGGUUUCAACGGUGCAAAAAUCAUCUGAGAGGUUGGAUCAGGAUGAGACAGUUGCUGAACUUGCAACCGUUGCCCCGGAGAAUCCAAGUCCUAUGUCAUCUCCAGGAAAGAAGACACCGGAAGAGCGAAAAGCAGAUAAUGAGAAUCAAGAUCAGUGGAACACUGCGGAUAGCCUUUCUUUUAACAGCUCCGGCGAGAUGAAUCGCAAGAAACUGCAGAGCAUAGAUCAUCUUGUUCAGAAGCUCAGACGGCUAAACUCGAGUCACGACGAAGCUAGAAUCGAUUACAUUGCUUCGCUAUGCGAAAACACAAAUCCAGACCACAGAUACGUAUCUGAAAUACUGUUGGCCUCAGGUCUCCUACUCAGAGAUCUGAGUUCUGAAUUGUUGACAUUUCAACUGCACACGUCCGGUCAUCCGAUUAACCCGGAGCUUUUCCUUGUACUGGAGCAGACGAAAGCGAGUAGUUUGCUUGCGAAAGAAGAAAGCACUGGAAAAGUUGCCUACCCGAAGCUAAACGCCGAGAAGUUUCACCGGAAACUCAUCUUCGAUGCUGUGAACGAGAUCCUCGGUGUGAAACUAGGCUCCUCUACUGAGCUAUGGUUUCAGCCCAGCACAGUCAAGCUCGCGAAGAAAACCGUUGGCGCGCAAAAGCUUCUCAAAGAACUAUGCUUCGAGAUAGAGAAAAUGCAAGCCAAGAAUCAUGAUUGCAGUUUAGAAGAAGAGGAUAGUCUGAAAAGCAUGCUAAUGGAAGAUGUCAUGCAUGGUUCUGAGAGCUGGACCGAAUUCAACCGCGAUUUACCCGGGGUUGUGUUGGAUGUUGAGAGACUGAUAUUCAAGGACUUGGUCGACGAGGUGGUGAUCGGCGAAUCGGUUGGCUUGCGAGUCAAGUCAUCGGCGCGGCGGCGGAGGCAGUUUAGGAAGUAGUUUUGUUGCAUUCCUCCCUUUCUCAUUGAUACUAAGUUCACUUUGUUCCUAUCAUUUGCAUAUAAUUCUUUUAUAUUGCUGACAAGUUUGCUUGUUAGAUCUUUGAUUAUAAUUAUUGUUAUUAUUUUUUUGGCUAAGAUGUAAAGAAAAUAAUAUGACUUAUCAUGGGUUUAUUGUCAUAGAUAUAUAUACGUAAAAGGUAAA